AUGAAAGGAGAAUACGUAGAUCAACAUUCAAAGCUUCACCAAUCACAUUCACAGUCGCAAAACAAUCCAUUUCUUCCUUUCCAGCUUUCUCAUCAUGAAUGUCAAACAGUCGGUGAAGACGAUAACCGUUCCGGCGGUGGCGCAGCCGCUCAGAAACCGAACUCUUCUGGCGACGGAGCUACCAUUGAGGUUGUUAGACGGCCUAGAGGACGUCCGCCUGGAUCUAAAAACAGGCCUAAACCGCCUGUUAUUAUAACACGCGAUCCUGAACCUGCUAUGAGUCCUUUUAUUCUGGAAGUUUCUGCAGGAAACGACGUCGUUCAAGCGGUUGCUGAGUUUAGUCAUAGUAAGAAUAUCGGCUUAUGCGUUUUAACUGGUUCAGGAGCUGUUGCUAAUGUUACUCUUCGUCAACCGUCAACUACGCCGGGAACCACCGUUACUUUUCACGGCCGUUUUGAUAUUCUAUCCUUAACCGCUACUUUUCUUCCUCAAUCAUCUGGUGGUUCUCCACCGGUUCCUAACGGCUUCUCCAUCUCGCUCGCCGGUCCGCAGGGUCAGAUCGUCGGAGGAAUUGUUGCUGGAAACUUGAUAGCUGCGGGAACAGUGUUUGUUAUUGCUGCUUCGUUUAAUAAUCCAUCUUAUCAUAGGUUGCCACCGGAAGAAGGCGGAAACUCGGUGUCAGGCGGUGAUGGAAUUUCUCCACCUGUUUCUGUUUCCGGUGCGGUGGAUAGCGGUCAAGGUCAUGGCGGCGAGUCGUGCGGGAUGUCUAUGUACAGCUGUCACUUGCCACCGUCAGAUGUGAUUUGGACUCCAUCGGCAAGACCACCACCUUACUGA